AUGACGGAAUCGUCCAUCACUACAUCCACGACCGAUGAUCUCGCAGGCCUUGAAAACGCUCGGCCUCUCCCCACUGACUCCCCUUCUAUGCAACAGAUCGCCUUCCACCCCUCCAUGCCCAUCAUGCAGAGAGAAGAUCGUGGAGAGGAGGCUGUGUACUUAGGCUCUGGUUUGAGGGUUACGACCUCUGCUGUGGGAUAUGAAGAUUUACAACAGGAGCCGUUCUUUGCGAUGGAGGAAUUCGACGACAUGGGCCAAACCUUCGCGCUCAAGAUCUGGCUCGACAACGGCGACCGAUCCAAGAUGGGAAGAGUGGAAUUCUGUCAGGCCUCAAGCGGUGUUCGGUGCUUACAGGCAGACAACCAGUCAGCAGACUGA